UGCACAGACAUGUCAGGGAAAGUUAUGCUGGUGUUGGCACUGCUGGUGGCUCUGCUGGUGUGCAGCGCGGCCUCCUCACCUGAGACGACCAGCACGCUCCAGCAGCUCCUGGCCAAGAGGGAGAGGAACUCGGCCCACAGACGGGAGCCGGCGCCUCAGACUCGCUCUGCACGGAUGGAGAGACGGGCACACCUCUCUGGGGACGAACGGGAGAUUAUGACCAAGCAAAUAAUGAAAGCUAUUUCAGAGGUGAUGAACUCCGAGUGCAUGCCGGAUCGAGACUACCAGGGCUGGGUGGACUUCGGACGGCGGGACGCAGAGUGA